GGUGAGAACUACAACGCCACUGGGGUCACUUUAACCCCCAGAACUGAGUCUCUACUUUAGUCAACCCUCUUUGAUUGACAGCUUAGUUGACACAAAUUGAGAGAGGGAAAAUUCUUGAAACUGCGUCAUAGUUGAAUUUUUUAUAAUAUUAUUGUGGCAAUAUUUGGGUUUUCAACCAUAAUGCGUGUCUCUAUGCGCAGAAAAGUUUGAGGAAUAUAAUGCUCACCUGAGAUUUCAAGUUCUGGGAUAAAUUGUUAAGGUAGAAAAAUGUAUGGAGGUGGUGAACAGACGGUGUCGGAGCCCUGGCGCAAGGCUUUGGAUCUGGGGACAACCGCAGAUCCUAAUGCAAAUGCAUCUUCUGAUGAUGAUGACCAUUUUUGCAAGCUUGUUUUAUAUAAGGAGAUUCAAGAUUCCAGAGUACGAAUAUGGGAUUUAGUGAUACUGAUACCGAAUUUGGUGUUCCUUCUAUUCAUAAUAGUGAGAUCGAAUCGUGCUAGGCUCAAGUUACGCGCAACAAGCAGCCCAAUAUAUCUAGCAUUUUACGGACUGGUUAUAUGUAACGUUGUAAUAUCAGUGAUAAGGUGUGUGGUGUCAAUGACAGUUAAUGCAGCUACCGAUGUUGGUGGAAAAGUUGACAAAGUGUUAUGGGUGACAGUCAGAUUUUUUCUCCUCUCCACAGAGAUGAGCGUUGUCAUUUUUGGAUUAGCGUUUGGGCAUCUGGAUAGCCGUUCAAGUAUUCAGAGAGUACUGCUGGCUACUUCCCUCAUAUCCCUAGCGUUUACGAUAACUCAGGGUACACUCGAAUUGGUUUUACCUGAUGAUACAUUCCACAUCCCAAGCAGAGACUUUUACGUAUUUGGACACGGGGGCAUGAUGUUCUGGUUUUGCAGCAGUCUUGUAUUCACACUUAUAUAUCUUUUCAUACUCAUUCUACCGAGAACAAGACUGCGAGAGCGAUUAAAUCUACCUACAAAGAAAAGUUUUUACAUUUACGUCGGAACCCUAGCUGCUUUGAAUAUGAUACAAUCAAUUGGGGCAGGACUUUUGAAUUACACCCAAAAUUCAGCUGGACUGUGUGUUGUCGACUUGACGGCCGCCCUCUAUCUGACGUUCUUCACUCCCCUUGUUUAUCAUACCUUCCUCUCAGAGGUCUUUGGUGUAUCGCAGCCAUCAAUUCAGUUCUCCUACAAAGCCCAGGUUGACGAUGGAAUGGAAGAGGACACAGUAUCGCUGCCCCAUCAGCAGAGCUUCUCAUCAUUGAAGACAGACAGUGACUACAUAUAUCAGAAUCACAGUGUCUAUGACUCAACACAAUUCGACACCCAUGCAACGCCGGUCAACCCGCUUUAUGCGGCUUCACUCCAGAGUCCAGAUAGCAUUACUGGUUACAGUAUAGACAGUCAAGAGGCCCAUCACCACACCACCAAUGGUUACCAGCAAUGAACGAUGUUCAUUCAAUUCUAUCCGCUAAAAACCAUAUUACCAUAAAAAGUACUCAGAUGGGCAACAUCGGGUGGUGACUCAUUUACUCGUGGUUUGUCAUUUUAUUUUUUUUCGUUUUUUUAGUUAAAAAGUCGUUAGUAUUUACGAUUCGAUCAAAAUACUCUAGUCGUUUUUACCGCUUUCCAUGUCUCGAAAAAUUCGUAUUCAUAGUUGUAAUCAACUGUACUUGAAGUAAGUGAAGUAAUGAAAUAAUGAAGAGUUUAUCCCUGAGAAAGAAUUAAUCUAAGAUUCGCUUCGGGGGUGAAAGUGAAUUUAACUCGUCUGGUUUUAUCACUUCACUAUUGCGUUGAUACUACAUACGGGAAACAGUCGGGGAGGCUGUGAAUUGUAACUGGAGUCAAUCUAAAUAUUUAGAUCCUGCGUUCUACAUAUGAGAAUAGUGAUCUAUUUAUAAUUUUGUACUUAGAGACGAGUGAAAAUUGUAUCAAUAUUAACAGCAGGUGAACGGCCCAAAUUGAAUUGAUUAGAAAGGAGUUUUUUUUUUUAAAGUUAUCGAAUGGAAUCACCGUGAGAUCAAGACUCCUCGGCCAAUCGAUAAUUGAAUUGAUGAGAUUUAGUGCAGAGACACUCUCUUCACAUCGUUCUCGAUUUAUAGUUUUCCGUCCUUUCCAAACGUGUAUACCAUUUCCCCCGACACAUCGAUACGUACGAAAGGCGUUUGGAAAAGAAGAAAAUGCAGAUUAUUCUUUGCUAUUUUCUUACUUGUCCAUCGGAAAUUGCCUUAGGAAAUUAAGGAGGGAGAUCCACUGGGUUCACAUGGAAAAUUCAUGACAAAGUUUAUUUCAGUAGCAAACUGGUUAAAAGUAAUGUAUUUUUUUUUUUUCAUUUUUGACGGGUUUUUAGAAUGAAUUGAUCAUUAUAUUAUCAUUUAAAAAGUAUCAAUUAUACCAAAAAUAUCACAGCCAAUUUACGUUUGGCCACUUCGCUAUGAAUUUGUAUUGAAAAUUAAUUGGAGAAUCCGCGGUUAAUUAAUAAUUAUGAUAAAAUGUUCCAUCCAACUUGUAUAUAGUGAAUUAAGGUGAAGAAGAUAACUAUUAUUUAAAAAUGUAAUCGUCUGUAAGUUUGCAAGUGUGAUCGGCUACUGAAGUAAUUGAUGUACAACGAACAAUUGCACACUCGUGACGUUUUAUCGGAAGUAUAAGUUGAACAGUAGAAAAAACAAAUAAAAAUUAAAGGAACGGGUACGAAACGGUCGGAUAAUUUCCAAGAUGAAUAAUCAUCGCAUUGAUUCAUAUGAAAACGUUCGACGUUUGAAAUUCUUCAGCUGUUGUGACAAUUCUCUGUUAAUGCAUGUAAGUGCAGUGACAAUGCAAGUUCCAGUGCAAGCGAAAUCGAACAUGUAGUAAUAAUUCAUUUCUCGUGAUAUAUACCAAAAACCAAAAAAAAAAUCCAUACCUAAACUGUCUAACAAUAUAUCUAAUCCCAUCAUCGAUAGAAAAAUUUCAAUUCUUCCAAUUCGGAGAACGACAUGUAUAUACUAUCAUCUCGUAAAAGGUAGUGUACAAAUUUUUGAUUAUAUAAAUCAAACGUAAAAAUAAAAUGAAAAAAAAAACGAAAAACCGUUUCCCAUUGACGAAAAUUUUUCUGUUAUGGGGGGGAAGGCCACUUUGCCAACGUGAAUUUUUGUACCUAUCGAAGUGUCUCGAUAGCAAUAAAUAAAAAAUAAUCCUAAGAUAAUUUAUCAUUUGAAAAAUACUGCCAAUAAACAUGGUAUUUAUGUCG